AUGCGGAUUCGCCUACAGAAUCACAGGAGACCUAAAAGUAAGCGACCUCCAGGCAAGCUGAAUAUUGCUUUCCUUUGUUUGCCUGCUCACCAUCUCCAUUUCAGCAAUGGACUAGCUGAGCUGCUAUCCAACACCCCAAUCGCCGUCACCAUCGAGGAGAACGCCUGCGUUGAGAACCGAUGGUGCCAACUCCGGGGCACAGUCCAGUCGACAGCCCUGGCUGUCCUCGGUCGCGCACGUCGUCAAAAUCCGGACUGGUUCGAUGGUAAUGACGCCGCCAUCAUCAGCUUACUCACCCAGAAGAAUCGACCGCACAAAACCUGCGUCAACUGUCCUACUGAAGACAACGAAGCGGCCUUUUGCCGUAGUCGCCGCCUUGUGCAACAGCGGCUGCGGGAGACGUAG